CUCUCCUCCUCCCAUUUUCCUCGACCGUACCGUGGGUGAUUUUUCCAUCUGGGAAUCUGAGCGUAGGGUUUCUGGGCGUCGAUUGUUAGGAUCUUAUCGAUUUCCGGCGAAAUCCGAGCUUGUUUAUUGAGGUUGACAUGGCCAACGGUGGUUGUGAACGGGAAGACAUUGAUCGCCGCGUGGAUCGCUCCGACGCCGGGGAAUCCGAGGAUUUCCCUUCCGCUGUUGGAUCUGGUGCGAGCGCCGGGGCUUCCAGGGGGGAGAUCGGCCUGGCGGAGCGGCUGGCGGAGGCUCUUGUGGAGGACGGCGACGGGGAUCUCUUGCUCCAGCAGAGCAAUCGCGAGGAUAGGGUUCUGCAGUGGCUGCAGGCGCUGGAUAUGCAGGUUAUCGGUGCCUGUCGCGCUGAUGAGAGGUUGAAGCCCUUGUUGAAGCUCAACGCGUCCAGCGGCUUGGCCGAGGAUCGGCUUCUGGCUCACCUAAGUCAGCAUUUCGAGCCAGCUGAAGUUGGCAUGUUAGCGAGGUGCUUUUGCAUGCCGCUCGUUUCCAUUCGCGUUGGAAAGAUCAACAAGCAGGGAGCUCUACUUUGCCCAGCUCCUACUAGGGGAAACUUAAACCUCACUCUAUUGCCAACAUCUGAUCUGCGUUUAUCAUAUGUUGGUGAUGAUGGUCAAAUGGAACGCAUAGUUACUUUGAGCAACAAUUACGAGAGCUCUGCUGUCACUAUUGAGGAAAUAUCCCAGGAUACUUCUGGUCGAUCAUUUGUUAUAAAGAUUCCAGAUGGGAGAGCGUUCUUCUGGUGCUCGGAGAAAUCAAAGCUCUCGGGAGUUGAAUUGCUCGGAAAGAUGAAAGAUCUACUCUGUAGGAGACCCUCUGUUGCUGAAUUAACAGGAAUUGAUGAGUCACGACUUGAGUGCUUCGCGACUUAUAUUCGAGCUUAUCUUAUGGGAUCAGCUGUAUGUAACACUCAAGCCAGUGUGUCAAUCUCCCCUGCAGUAUCUACAGUUACGACCCUCGGUAGUAUGAGCAAGAAUGCACAGUCAUCUUCUGCAUCAGCAUCUAAACCCCUGCCGUCGCUGAGUGCCAGCUCUCAGGCAACAAAAGUCAAUUCCCUCUACCAAGGUAGCCUUAGUCCAAGAAUAAGCUCCUUCAAAGAAGCCGUUCCCAGAAGCUUCUUAUGUUCAAGAAGUAGUGUCACCAGAGAAAAGUUGAAGAAACGGGUGGAAUAUACCCUCACAGCAGUGGACGAUUCAUCGACUGCAUCCCAACUUCCACCAGGUACCCCCAAUUCAAAAACUGGUGAUAUUGUGAAGUCGGAAGGACACAUUAUCAACCCAUUCUCUCCGGGUUUUCUAGAAUCCCUCGGGAAACUGACGAUCCCCCCUAGUCUAAGCUCAGUAUCUCAAGUACCUUUCACUGCUCAGCCCAUUUUCUCGCCGUAUUACUGUUGGUGCCCUCCUGGUGCAUCGACUUCUCAACGCUCGUUAUCAGCUCCCAAUCUCCUUUCUCCGGCCAAUGAUUCUAUUCUUCCACCCCCUUCUCUCCUCCAACCAGCACCAUCAGCUCCAUCUAUAAACUUGGCUGAUCUGCCGCCGUUUGAUUUCCCUGCUUUCCUGCCUGAUCCUUUGGUCUGCCUACCGAAGCCUGCUUCUCAGCAGAUACCGACCUUCACACCCUUGAUAUGUGACCCGAUUGUCCACGUCCCAGUCAUAGAUGUGUGCUCUGCUGGGCAGGGUUACCUGGUCAGUGCGGGACCUACAGUCUCGACCAACAUAUCACCGUUGCAUCCAAAACUCAUGAAUCCUUUGAUCCCCGAGACUGAUUCCAUGGUUGAAGAAGGUGCAAGGAAGACCCUCCGGCUUCUGCUCAGUAGGUCAGGGCCGACCAACCCACCCUUCAUGGGGGUCUUGCCAUUGCCUGCUGUAUUAGGGGAUGAGAAGCCAAGCGGUGGUGCCAUUGUUUCUGGAAGCAGGGGCCUGUACUGUGGGACCCGGGACGUUGAUGCUAUAAUUGCGAGCAGCUUUGCUACCAUGGGACUGAUCACGAAGCCCGAGAGUAAGGGGUGCGGUGACGACUCUUGUUCUGAUGACGAUAACGUCAAGGAAGAUGGAAAUGCAGGUUUAUGUGAUGUGACCAAAGGAAGCAGCACAUGAUACGAUUUUGUUAAUAGCAUCUGUACAUCAUUAUGAUAUGCACAGCUUCUUGGCGUCGUCAACUGUAAUCAGUCAACCAACCUGAUUGCUGCGUCGGGUCCACGGUGUUUUUGUGGGCAGGGCAUUGUUAGCCUUUUGCAUGUGCGACUUGUCGAAGAUGGGUAGAACCUUCAUGUUUUUGGUUACCGAGGUAGAAGAUGUAGAUAUAUUUCUACAUUUGCAGUUAGUAAUCAAAACCAUCAAUGAAUUGUUAAAAGUAGAGGUUCCUUUUGCUGUAAACAGACUUUACUUUCUCUACUCGGUGUACUAGGAGCAUGGUCUAUAUCGAAUGCAAACGUUUCCGUUCUCUCUA